AUGGGCAAUGCCAUGGGCACUCAGUGCCCACCGUGGGGCUCCCAAGGAAUGCGCGAUGCCUACGAGGCGAUGGAAGCCGAUGACCGGGUGGAGCAAGAUGUGCUGAGAGACAUGGAUCCUGACUACGAGUAUGAAAGGCUCGAGCCAGCAGAUCCUGACCAGGCAGACUUUUUUAACUUUGUGGGGGCCAAUGCAAACUGGGAAAUGCACCGGGGCUUUGUGUGGGAGUAG